AUGGACCGAGUAAAGCCCAUCUUCCCUCCCAGCUCGCAGUGGCCGGGCGGGCGACCAAAACUCCAGACCUUCAUCAAACACAUCUUCACCCUCCCAACCCUCCUUGCCCUCGGAGCCGGCGCGCAAGGCCUCCUCUGCCUUGUGCUCCCCCGCCGCUAUGCCUUCCUCCCGCUCAUCUUCUUCGUUCUGCGCAACGCCAUCCGAACAGCCUUCAGCGUCCGUUCCGGCGACUACCACUUCACCAAGCUAGGCGUCAUCCCCGGCCGCACAACCGCCCAACUGCCCAAGCCCGGCGAGUCCGAGUUUAGCGGGGUUCCAUCCGACCAAGACAUCGUGGUCUUCCAUCUCGGCGCACGCUGCAACCAUCCUCUCGGGGUCUUAUCCCCCGGUGGUAAGGAACUCGGCGAACAUUUCGACGCAUGCAACCGCGAGUUGAUGGAACGUAAAGAGGAGUUCGGCUGUCUGGGCUACUCGCAGUGGCUAGGGACCGAAGACAACGCAAACGGAACCAUCUUGGCUAUCUACUACUUCCGCGACAUCGAGGGGCUGAAUCGGUUCGCGCACGACGUGGUGCAUCGGCGGGCGUGGGAGUGGUACCAUGGCGAGUUUGCGAGGAAGCGAGGCUGGUCGCAUAUCGGUAUAUUCCAUGAAGCCUUCCAAGUCCCUGCUGGCGCCUGGGAGAAUAUUUACGUCAACAUGCCGCCGACAUUGAUGGGUGCUGCGGCGACCAAAUCUGAAGAUGGCUGGGUGAGGACACUGAUUGAGGCUAAUGGGCUAGUGUGGCGCAGUCAGUAUUCGCGCAUGGGGAGGAAGUAA